UUCCAAACAAAACCAGUGCAUUGCGCGACGCAUUGAAAUAAAACCGAGUGAAAAACAUAUGAUUGAAAUUCCGCGGAAAAAGACAGUUUUAAUUCGAAAAUUCCAUUCUUCGACCGACCGGUUUAGUUGUAUUGUGUGAAAAAGAAACACUGGAUUCAUUUUAAUUCGUGCAAAAUGGAAGUUGACGAUAAUGACUCACCAACGCAAAUGCUGGACCAUUUUGUCGAAUUGGUUCAAGUUGAACAAAUGAUUGCCGAUUUGAAGACCGAUCACAAUAGCAAUUUUGAGAAAUCAUAUGAGACAUUCAGCAAUAUUUUGAGUCGAUACCAAGAACAACCACAUUUAUUGAAUCCACACUUACCGGCGCUAAUUGAAAAAUUGUUAAAUUAUAUUCGGCAAACUGAUGUACCGCCAACCUUAUUCCAUGCUUCAUUCAAGUAUUUGUAUCAAUUUGCAAAAGUGCGAACUUACAAAAUUAUACUGAAAUUUUUGCCACACGAAACGUUCGACCUGGAUUUCGUUUUGAACGCGCUUGAGCAGCAGAAUGUCAGCGAAACAAAUACAUGGGAGACACGUUACAUGCUAUUGAUAUGGUUUUCAAUUUUGGUGCUGAAUCCCUUUGAGUUGUCCCGUUUCGAUGGAUUUAUCAGCGAUGGUGCCGGAAAUAAUCCAAUCAGUAAAAUCGAACGUAUUUUCCAAUUGUGCAAAUUGAAUACGAACAAUAAUGACACAUGUUCAAAAGUGGCCGCAUUUUUAACAGCCAAAUUCUUGAUUCGAAUCGAUGUCAAAGAUAAAUAUCUACCGCAAUACCUUGAUUGGAUUUGCGAAUCGAAAGAUGAGACGCAAUUUGGUAAAUUGGCAGCAAUUUCCUUCAUUUUAAAACAUGGCAAACGAGAAGAUUUACUUGUACAUGCACCGAGGUUAUUGACAUGGCUACUGUCGUGCGAUUUUAAAUCUGGAAAUGAUUUUCUGAAGAACAAAUACUUUGUGAAAAUUAUUCAAAGACUUGGUUUAGUAUUUCUAAAACCACGACUUGCCACCUGGCGGUAUCAACGCGGUUCGAGAUCGUUGACCGCAAAAUUGGCCGCCGGUUCAACAAAAGAUGACAUCGAAUUUAAACAUGAUGAAAUCACUGCAGUGGAAAACGAAGAUGACAUCGAUGUGCCAUGUGAAAUCGAGGAAAUUAUCGAAGAAUUGCUACAGGCAAUGCGAAAUCCAAGCAGUGACAUCCGAUGGUCCACGGCCAAAGGAAUUGGCAGAAUCACGAGUCGGUUGCCCAGAGAGUUUGGCGAUGAAGUUGUCGGUUCAGUCAUCGAAAUAUUAAGUCCACUCGAACCACACGAAGCAUGGCACGGAGCUUGUUUAGCUAUUGCUGAAUUGGCCAAACGUGGUCUGUUACUGCCGUAUCGCCUAGAAACGAUGGUUCCACUUUUGCUACAGGCGCUUGUCUAUGAUGAGCUCCAAGGUUAUAUGUCAGUUGGUCAACACAUUCGCGAUGCCGCUUGUUAUAUGUGUUGGGCAUUUGCUAGAGCAUAUGAACCGAAUGUGUUGAAGGAGUUUGUGAGUAAAAUUGCGACCGGCUUGUUGAUAACAACGGUAUUUGAUCGCGAAAUUAACUGUCGUCGUGCCGCAUCGGCAGCAUUUCAAGAAAGCGUCGGACGUCUGCGUACAUUCCCGCAUGGCAUCGACAUUAUCACCAAAGCCGAUUUCUUUUCGGUUGGACUACGAACAAAUUCUUAUUUGGAAAUUAGUGAUUACAUAGCGCAAUAUCCAGAAUACUCGAAACCGUUGAUAGGUCAUUUAAUCGAACGGAAAGUAAAUCACUGGGAUCCAGCUAUGAGAGAAUUAACAUCGAAGACAUUGCACAAAUUAACGUCACGCGAACCAGAGUUCAUGGUGACGGACGCAUUGCCGAAAUUAUUCAAGAAAACGUCAUCAAUUGACAUAAACGAACGACAUGGAACAGUUCUGGCGAUUGGAGAAAUUAUAGCGAAAUUAAAGAAGCUCGAAAACAACGAGGUGUUUAUAAAUGAUUUCUUGAUUGAACAGCUGAAUGGACUGGUUCUUGCAUUUCAAAAGAGAGACCAAUUCAAAGGUAUGAGUGGUGAGAUGAUGUACCAGUGCUGUUGUGACUUUAUACGAAAUUGCAGUGCAUCAAAGAUUGCCGUUUCACCAGAGUGCAUAGACUCUUGGCAGUUGGUUAUCGAUUCAUCACUUACGAAAAACUCUGUUCCAAUCCGAGAUGCAGCGGUUGCUGCACUGUCUGAACUAUGUAAAACCUACUAUGCUGGACCGGAGUCAAAUGAAAAAAAUCUUCAACUAUUAAAUAAGUAUAUUGAAGCAUCAAACGAAAAAUCAUGGGAAUUCGUUCGAAUGGGAUUCGUAGCAGCCAUCGGAGCAAUGCCUGAUUUUAUUUUAAAAUUGGAUCUAAAUCGUGUACUAUUAACAUUGAUGUGUCAUUCAUUACCGAAUUCGGAUCGCCAAUUAUUGCGACGCCACCACAUUCAAGAUUGUAAUUUUGUGGCAAAUUGGGCGGAGGCGAGAAAAGAAAGUGUCAAAGCAUUAUGCAAUGCAGUUCUCAUCAUUGGAUUCGAUGAAAUUCACAAUAUUCGUUAUUUAGAUGAUGAAACAGCCGAGGAUACGAUAUUUCGGUGUUUAUUGGCGGCACUAAAUGAAUACACAAUUGAUAAUCGGGGUGAUAUUGGAGCUUGGGUUCGUGAAGCUUCUAUGAAUGCUUUGUAUAAAUUGAUAGUAACAAUACCAGAGUUUGUAUUGCAAGAUCCGAAGAAAAUACAUGCAGUUAUCAUUGGAUUACUUCAGCAAGCUGUUGAGAAAAUCGAUCGCACUCGUGCAUUGGCCGGCAAAUUAUUUUGUAAAAUUAUUUAUCAUGAUCCACCCAUUCCGCACAUCACACAUCAUGAUUUCAUAAAAACUGUAUUUCCCGAAGAUUUCUCAAACAUUUUGUGGUUAUAUGCAGCACAUACAUUUCCAUUAUUUUGUAAACUUUUGGUAUUGCCAGAAUAUACCGAAUGUUUGAUGAUUGGCUUGAUUGCUAGCGUUGGCCAACUCACUGAGUCUCUGGUGAAACAUUCAUCAGAAGCCCUCAUCGAUUUCUUACGCACCAAUCCAGAGCAGCAACGUAGAAUUUGCGAUGUAGUUAUUGAUAUUUUCAAUAAAAAUACAUUAAACGAGCGUAUAUCGUAUCCGUUACUCAACUUUUUGAAUAUCAUCAUCGGUUCGAGUAUAAUCGAUGACAUUGUCUUGGAUGCAUCGCUCAAUUUUAGCUCAGAAGUUUAUCGUUUAACGAAACUUGAAAUUAAAGGACACAAAAAACUCUACAAACUAAUCGCGAGCAUCAAUGUAUUCUGUCAAUUGAUUCAGGUGCCUGAGCUAAGUAGUAAAGUAUUGAGUACGUUGUCGAUAUUUUUGGGUCUACCACAUGUACAUGUGAGGAAAACAACGGCCACCAAAUUGUAUGAAGCAUUAAUACUACACUCGGAUGCCUGUGGAUUCCCAGAAGAGAAUUCAGAUGAGAUAAUGAAUUAUCUGUCGGAAACCGAUUGGGGUGAACCAAUCACCGAAAUACGCUUAAUAAGAAACAAAUUGUGCACAUUGCUUAACAUAAAGCCACCUGUAACAGCAUCCACUGCGAAAUAAUCCAAUACUCACACGAAUGUCACUCCAACACAUCCGCUUUAAAAUCAACAAUCAAAUUGUCACACACUUAAAAUAUGAAUAAAACAACUUGCAUUUGUAUUUUGAAUAA